AUGUCGCCAGUCCUCGCGGUAGAGGGGCAGCCUGCUUGGAUGUCCGGCUACUUGACAGAGGGUCGCUGCCACCUCUACAAGACCAUCCACGUUGCCGUCGACUAUGAGUCUCCAGGCAAACUCAGUAAUACAGGCCAGACGACUUUCAGGACUAGCAGAGGAGUGUCGGUCGAGGCUCCCGAUAGGGCGAAACUGAAACAGAGUAAUCUAGACCAUUCUGGAGGCGGACAAAAGAGAGCUGAUCUUCGAGCCAAGGUGAGCGACUAUUGUACCUCGGGUCGCCUUCUCCUUCGCUUGUCCGCAGACUCUAUCUUCCCUACACACAGAAAAAAGGAUUCAACUGCCUGCCUUCAGUCUGAGAGGACUUGCAGACUUCGUUUUGGGGACUUUCUUUCCGCAUAA